UCCAAGCAAGGAAGACACGUUCAUUGAAUGUUGUGGAAGGUGUUGGCCACAAGCAAUGUACCUGUUCGACCGCGACAAGCGGGUGCGGCCAGAGUGUCCAGACCCCUUUUCAGAAUACCGAUCAUUGCUCCCCCAAGCAGCAGGUCCACGCAUCGACAACAUGAACGCAGGGGGUGAGAAAAAGCCGGCAGCUCGCAGCCUUAGCCCGAAACCAUCGGUUGGGAUCACAGCAGGGUUCGGUCGUGGAGGAGGAGGACCUAUCGUUGUGACAUUUGCCGUCGCUUGUCGGCCCGGGGAGACGAUCGAGAAGUCGAUCGACAUUGGCAAUGCAGGGGCACAUAUCUCAGAGAAGGGCAAGAUGGGAGGUCAGGGACAGAGCCAGGGGCAAGGAGGAGAGUUCUCAAUAGAGGGACUCGGACCGGGUUCCGAGGCAACGCUAAAGGGGUUCUCCGUCGAUCUGCCGCGAUCGAGUGUUGAAGCUGGAGGGCGGCGGAAAGUGACCUUCAAAUUCACCGCACCAAGCCCUAAAAGUGGUCAGUCCUCACAAUUCAGGACUUUGGCAGAAUUGGGUUUGGAGGAGUGGAUAGAAGCCCCUGUCACUUGCAUUUUCAAGGGGGGAACCCCUCCUCCAGAACCGGAAAGGGAGAAAAUGGUCCUCCUCCUCAAGGCUUAUGUCACAGGCCGCAAAUCAUUCAAGAAAGUUGUGGUCAGAAUGGCGAGUACCAAGUACACUUCUGCUAUGGUAAAGCGGCAUUGCAACGUGGAUGGGGUUGCAGGGAAAGAUCCAAGCAAGGGUGACAAAUGGUGGGUCUGCAAGUACUGCGAUUUGAAAUUCUCGGGCAGCCUGAACCGUGUUAAGGAACAUUACUCAAAGAGAAUCUGUGCGGCACAGCAGAGCAAGAAGGUUUUCACGGAUGAAGAAAAAGAAGCAAGGAAGCAGGGGUUGAGACAGGCUCUGGCUGACGUGGCGAUGGCGAAUGGCGACAACAGUCUUCUUAGUGGAUCUAGUUUGGCUACUGCACCAACGGCUGUGGAGAAUGUGGGUAGGGGCAUGGGAAAAGGGGGUGGAGCAUCCGACACGCAACGAUCCGCUUCAUCUGUGUGGCAAAUGGUGCUGGAGGAGACGGACAACAUCAUAACGAAGAACGAGAUGACGUCAAGGAAGGUCGACAACUGGCUGACCUGCACGAACCAACCUUUCAAUAUGGUCGAGAAUGAAUUUUACCUUGACAUGGGAAAUGCUAUACGGAAUGCCCAUCCCUCAUGGCAGAUGCACAGCAGGGAGGCCGCAAGGAAUGGUAGACUGGAUGGCCAGAACAAGAGGUGCAUCGAGGAUGUGCGGAUGAUUGCAAAGAAGUGGGAGAGAACAAGGUGUAUGGUGCAGAUGGAUGGGUGGUCCGACAGGCGAGGGAGACCGCACAUCAAUAUCAUGGUCUCCUCCCCUGUAGGGAACGUCUUUUGGAGGUCCGUUUGUGUAGAAGGGAAGGAGAAGGACUCCAUAGCGUACUACAACAUCCUGGAUGCUGCGAUCCAGGACAUUGGACCCAAGUGUGUGGUCGGGGUGAUCAUGAACAAUGCUCGAGUUUGCGUCAAGGUGGGGAAGCUUGUUGAAAAGAAGUACCCUUGGAUCUUCAGGGUUGGUUGCACAGCGCAUGCCCUCGACCUUGCAUUGGAGGACUUCGACAAGUGCAUUGGAUGGUUUUCCAGGACAGUCAAGAGAGCGAACGAGUUGGGGAAGUUCAUCAUGAACCACGACAAGGUUCGUGCAUUCUUCCUUGAACGUUCUGGCCUGGCACAAAUAAAGAGGCCAGGAGUGACAAGAUUCGCAACAAAUAUUCUCAUGCUGCAGUCCCUUUGGGACGGAAAGAAUGCCCUCAAACUUGCCCCAGGUGCUAAGGGCUGGGUGUCUAGCAUGGUGCGGACUGAUCUGCGGUCCAACUUUGAGGAAGCCACGACCACUAUCCUUGACGAGAGUUUUUGGGACGAUGUUGAGAAGUCCAUCAAAGCCACUGAGGCUAUUGUGAAGUUAUUGAGGAUGGUGGACGGUCCAGGGGCCACCAUCAGCAAGGUUUAUCAUCAUAUGGACGUCGUGGUGGAGGGGAUCAGGACGUUGGAAGUCCUUACGGACUUUGAGAAAGCGGAAGUGGAAUCGAUCCUCAUGGAUCGAUGGGCAUUCAGGACGUCGGAGCUGUAUUGUGCAGCAGCGUUUUUGGAUCCGGAGUUCCGUGCACAGUCUGCCAUCCACGAUACGGAGAUCCGGGCGGGGUUCAACAUAUGGUUGAGGAGGACGAAGAUGCUGCUGGGCCGUCUCGCCAAGCUUGUGUACAAUAAUUGGAAUCUCCACCUGCAGUGGAGGCAAGAGAAGGGGGCUGGCGAAGACGAUGUCCACAUCCCGUGGAUGGAGGACUUACCGGAUGCAGAGAACAAGGCGGAGGCAGAGCGCUAUUAUAACGAGUGGGUGCAGAAAGUAAAGGUGAGCACCGAGGAUAUGGCGGCUGGUGCAAAGGAUGAUAGCGCUGUCAUUGCAGAGCUGGACGAUGAAGGUGAUCUGCCUUUGGCAAGGAGAUGGGUGCGCAAUGACCGACUUGACAACAUGAUGGACGAAGAGGAUGACCUCGCUCAUAUUGAGAACUAUACGAACGAGUGGCAGUUCUACACUGCACCGGGGAGGCAUAGAGAGCGCUUGUUGAGGAGGAGAUCAGGGCACGAGCGACCAGACCCAUUAGUGGAGUACAACGUCGAGGAGCGAGAGCGCGCAUUGCGGGCACGGGAGACAGGCGAUUGGGUGGAAGGUAGAUGCCCAGGGGGCAGCAGCGGAGCAAAACGACAGCAGCAGCAACAUGCUGUUGAAGUCCGUGCUGCGGAAAAGCGCCCGGCCGAAGAACAACUUUCGCCGCCGAAGAAGAAGAAGAGAGGACGCCCCACCAAUGCCGAAGUGGCCGAGAGGAAAAAAGUGGAGAAGGCUGCGAAGAAGGCUGCAGUGGCAGAGAAAGCUGCUAGGAAAGCAGCAAGGAGAGCAGCAGCGAGAGCUGCUAAGAAAGCUGCCAGGAGAGCAGCUGCUGCAUCUGCGGAUGCCCCGAUGUCCUCCCGCCUGGUCACAAAGGAGGCAAUGAAACAGGGGGGGAAGCGGACGGCGGUGAUCCUCGAUGAUGAUGAGUGUGAAGAAUCGUCCUCCUCUUCAUCAUCAUCGCCGUCGCCAUCUUCACCUUCUGCAUCAACUGCAAGUGGGGAAGAUCAAUGUGAGGACCAUGUUGGGAGUAAAGAAGAAGGGGGCGAGGAUCAGGGGAGUGAGGAGGGUGGUGACAAACUUGUCGAUGGAGGUGGACAGGAGUAGAUUGGGUGGGUGAGACUGGUUGUGCUUUUUGGAUGGUGUCGCUUCUAGACUCCAAAUGAG